AUAGAUACAUUUAUAAAAGAUAAGAGAUACAUUUAGCAUUGCCUUUUGGCAGCCCCGUCUUGAGUGCAAUGUGAAUGAUAAACGCGCGGUUAGAUCAAUCGUUAAUCGAUAAGCGAUCAUCGAUAGUUCGAUAUCGAUAGAUCGAUAAACACUCAAAAUGGCCUCACUGGAGGUGAAGCUGGAAACACUGGAAGCGGAAAGGGGCGGCAGCAACACAGACAAUGAAACGCAAUCGAACGUCGAGCAGGCACAGUCCGCCCAAAGGCAGCGCAGCGGUGGCACAACAUCACCCCGGGAGUGUGGCAGCAGCAGCAAUCGAAGCUCCCCCACAGAAGAUCGCAGAGGAUCGGAGGAGAGAGGUGGAGCACCUGCAGGAGCAGGACCGACAGCAGAGGAAACAGCUGCAGGAGUCGGCGGACGCAUCGGAUCAUCACCUGUGGCCGGUUCACCCACAGCCUCUGUCCCUGGCUCGCCUCCGUCCACGCCCUCGUCGCAGCAGUUCUGCUUGAGGUGGAACAACUAUCAAUCGAAUCUGACGACGAUCUUCGAUCAGUUGCUGCAGAAUGAAUGCUUCGUGGACGUGACACUCGCCUGCGAUGGCCGCUCCAUGAAGGCCCACAAAAUGGUUCUGUCCGCCUGUUCGCCGUACUUCCAGACCCUCCUGGCGGAGACGCCCUGCCAGCAUCCGAUCGUCAUAAUGCGCGACGUCUCCUGGGGCGAUCUCAAGGCCAUUGUGGAGUUCAUGUAUCGCGGGGAGAUCAACGUCAGCCAGGAUCAGAUCGGUCCGCUCCUCCGGAUCGCCGAGAUGCUCAAGGUGCGCGGCCUGGCGGAUGUCACCCACAUGGAGGCGGCCACAGCAGCAGCAGCGGCAGCCGCCUCGGAGGCACGCGACUCCUCCCCCAAGGAGACAUCCCACCGCGACAGCUCUGUGGAGCAGAGGGAGGCCGAGGAGCUGCUGGCCUUCAUGCAGCCGGAGAAGAAGCUACGCGGCGACUGGGACUAUCAUCCCGCAUCCUCGGGCCAGUCCAGCGCCGUCUCCACGGCGGGUGGCAACCUCGAGCUGCGCCUCUCCCCGCUGGAGCGGCAGCAGGGGAGGAAUGUGCGCAAGCGACGCUGGCCAUCGGCCGACACGAUCUUCAAUCCGCCCGCCAGUCCGCUGAGCAGCCUGAUCGCCGCCGAGCGGCUGGAGCUCGAGCAGAAGGAGAGGGAGCGACAGCGGGACUGCUCCCUGAUGACGCCACCGCCCAAGCCGCACUCGCAGGUUGGAGCAGGCGGAGGAGGGGGCACACCGAGGCGACUCACUCCCGCCUUGGAGUCGGCCAUCCAUGGCCUGGACAUGCCCUCGCCAGCGGCCACUCCUGGCCCGCGAUCCUCGCGUGGACUUGCCCCCAGCCCGCAGCAUCACUCGCAGCAGCAGCAGCACCAGCAGCAGCAUCAGCAGCAGCAUCCGUUGCAUCUGCCACCUGUGCCUCCGCAUCACUCGCACUCGCAGCAUCUCGGACUGUCGCCCGUCUCCUCGCAGCAUGGCGUAUCCUCCGCGGGCGCCUCUCCUGCUGGGGACUCGCGCUAUCCUCUGGGACCCAGCGCCGCUGCAAUGGCCGCUGCCAUGGAAUUGAGUGGCCUGCCACCGCAUGGAGUUGGAGGUGGUGGUGGAGGUGCCUCUGCAGAGCCGCGCCUACCGCCGCCACCGCCCCAUCAUCAUGGUGGCGGAUCACAAGGUGGUGGAUCGGUUGGCGGCCCCUCGGGCUCAUCGCUGGCCGACGACAUGGAAAUCAAGCCGGGAAUAGCGGAAAUGAUACGAGAGGAAGAGAGGGCCAAAAUGAUGGAGAAUUCGCAUGCCUGGAUGGGCGCCACCGCUGGCUCCACGCUGGCAGACAGCUACCAGUACCAGCUGCAGUCCAUGUGGCAAAAGUGCUGGAACACCAAUCAGAAUCUGAUGCAUCACAUGCGCUUCCGGGAGCGUGGACCGCUCAAGUCGUGGCGACCCGAAACGAUGGCCGAGGCCAUCUUCAGUGUGCUCAAGGAGGGUCUCUCCCUGUCGCAGGCGGCCCGCAAGUACGACAUUCCCUACCCCACGUUCGUGCUGUAUGCGAAUCGGGUGCACAACAUGCUGGGACCCUCCAUCGAUGGCGGACCCGACUUGCGGCCCAAGGGACGUGGCCGACCGCAGCGUAUCCUGCUGGGCAUUUGGCCCGAUGAGCACAUCAAGGGCGUGAUCAAGACGGUGGUUUUUCGCGAUGCCAAGGACAUGAAAGACGACAGCCUAGGCGGCCACAUGCCGCCCUACGGUCGUCACUCGCAGGAGAUGACGCUCAGCUAUCCAGGCGCUAGUGGCGGCAUUCCAGGACCAGGAGCCGCUAGCCUCAGCGCUCUGGCCUGUCCCAAUGGCAUGGGCAGCGGUGGAGGCGGAGUCCCAGGCGGACCCGGAGGAGGAGUCGGAGUUGGCGUAGGGCCUGGCGUAGAUCAGCACAUGUCACAGGAAACAGCAGCCGCCGUUGCCGCCGUGGCGCACAACAUACGACAGCAGAUGCAGAUGGCCGCCGCCGUGCAGCAUCAGCACGGGGAGGCGGGGCCGCCGGUGGUGCCACCGCCUGGGGUGUUCAACCUGCCGCCACACCUGGCCUCUGGGCCACCCGGCAGCAGGGGCAGCAUUUCCCCGGCGUUAAGCAGCGGCUCUGGCCCGCGACACGCUCCCUCGCCGUGCGGCCCCGCCGGCCUGCUGCCGAAUCUGCCGCCCAGCAUGGCCGUUGCACUGCAUCGCGAUCCGGCGGCGGCGGCGCUGCUCAGCCAGCACCAGCAGCAGCAGCAUCAUCUGCAGCAGCUGCAUCUCCAGCAGCAGCAGCAGCAACAUCACUUGCAUCAGCAGCAGGUGGCGGCGGCAGCGCAUCAUGGCUUGCAGCACAAGUCCGGUUUCGGUGGCAGUUCCAUGGCGGCGGCCAGUGCCGCCUCCACAUCCGCAUCAUCCUCCUCCUCCUCGCACCAGCAUCAGCACUCGCAUCAGCAUCAGCAUCCGCAUUCCCACUCCCAUUCGCUGGGGGAGAAGGGCAUGCCCCAGAAGAAGGGCAGUCCACAUCGCAGCGAAACGCCGCGCCUGCACUCGCCGUUGGGCGAUUUGGGGCUCGAGAUGUCCAGCUACAAGCGGGAGUUCUCGCCCAGCCGCCUCUUUGCCGACGACCUGGCGGAGCUGGUGGGCGCCAGCGUGUCCUCCUCAUCAUCGGUGACGCAGGGUGCAGCAGGAGGUGGAAGUUCCGCGGCCAUUGGCGAGGCAGCAAGCUCCAGUUCCAGCGGCGGCAUCAAAGUGGAACCCAUAACCACCACUAGCGAGUAGCGAGUGGCGAGCGGCGAGCGGCGAGUAGCUAAUGAGUAUGGAAAUGAUACAGAAAAUGAAUGAUCGAAGCAAUCAAAAGAGCAAACCAACUAAAAUCAGAUGAAGAA